AUGGCGUCAUUUAUGAUGUCAGCCGGGUCACCUCACUUUGUCUAUAAUUCUAUAUAUACCACAUAUCUACCAAAAAGCACUUCACCCUCAAAACAAUUGAUAAUGCUUGAUAUGGAGAGUAAGUGUGACGCUUCUGCCGCUAUCAUCUCUGCUUCUCCAACCUCUUCUCCUCCUCCACCACAGCUUUCACCACGUUUGGUGCUUAGCCCAUGCGCUGCUUGCAAAAUCUUGAGGCGGCGUUGCGGAGAUAAAUGCGUUUUGGCUCCCUACUUCCCUCCAACGGAGCCAGCCAAGUUCACUAUCGCCCACCGUGUGUUUGGAGCCAGCAACAUCAUUAAGCUCUUGCAGGAACUUCCCGAAUCACAAAGAACUGAUGCGGUGAACAGUAUGGUGUAUGAAGCUGGAGCUAGAAUCAGAGACCCAAUAUAUGGAUGUGCGGGUGCCAUAUACAAUCUACAAAGACAAGUGAGUGAACUCCAAGCACAGCUAGCAAAAGCUCAAGUGGAGAUAGUGAGUAUGCAGUUACAAAGAUCAAAUCUACUAGAAUUGAUUCACAACAUGGACCAACCAAACCAAGAGCUACACAAUAUGUCCUUUGAUAGUUCCUUUGGAAAUUGUGAUGAGUUCAUUAGCAGCCCGGACGAAGAGAGCAAUGAUUUUGGAUUACUUGAAGACAUCAAGUACCCCAACACCAUUCCAUCAACGCUGUGGUGUGAUCCUCUUUGGAUAUGAUAUUAACUAUAUAUAUAGUAUGAUUUUGACUAUACUUCACUUCAAAGCCCUUUAGUUAAGUUACUCAUGGUUAGUUAUAGCAAACUUAGCAUACAUAUUGUUAGAGACACUAUCAAUGUAAUAAAUUAUAUGGUGAAUUUAUCGGAAAUUUUAAUAUCUCAAAGGUU